GCCUCUCAAAACGAGGUCAAUCCUGACAGAUACAAUCAUAGAAGACAACAAGUAUCGCUUAAGUAGGUUUUCGCAUUGUUGUUACAGAAAUAAGUUGGAUUGUCUAUUCCACUUUUAGUGUUUACCCUCUUUUUGACCGACUCCCGCAGGACAAAGGUUGGAACUUCGUUCACUGGUCAGUAUUCUGAGGGUGUGUUGGUCAGAGGGUUCGGUUGGUCAUUUCGGGCGGACAACACGGCGUGCCAACCGGAGGGCCGGUGUCGCAGUUCCAUAAGAUACGUCACAACCUGCCGGCCUGGGCCAGGUGCGCCCAAAAGUGUUGAAAAUGUGGCUGGAUGUGCAGUGUUGGAAGGGAGGUACAACGUUCUUACUUGUACUUGCUCUAUUGGUCCGAUGCAGCACAGCUUUAUCAGGGCCGAAUGUGUGUAGUCGUCAGACCUCUUGGGGCUGUACAGAAGGCUACAGCCAGAGAUACUACACCAGCUGUGGAAUUUGGGGAGGAUCUACUUGCACAAGAUAUCGAUACGCGGUUCGGGACACUACCUGUUACGGCGCCGAUUAUUUCUGUUGUCCGGGGUACACUGCAAGUGGAGGAGGAUGUAUACCUGUGUGUCACGGCAUAACAACCUGUCCCAAUGGAGGAAACUGUGCGAGCCCGGACUACUGCGCCAACUGUAACGAUGGCUACUAUUCACCGAGAUGCGACCAAUGCACCAACAUACCAAACUGCGUUGAUACAAGAUGCACCACCAACAGUGACCAGCGAUGUCACAGAUGCAGUGGGGAAUACGGGAGCAGUGGCAAGGCAUACGACAAUCUCGGCACAUCCUGCAGGGAGAAAUGCUCGUGGAGAACCAGCAGUAACAACUGUUACCCAGGCACGUGCCCGACCACACCAUCCACAUGCACAUGUGCUACGGGAUUCGGUGGCGCUCACUGCAGGACAAUUACCGCUGCAUCGGACAUCAUGUACUGCUUAGCAGCGUUGACCAAAAACCACGAUCGCGUUGACACCAACUGUCUAGACAACAGUGUAAAAUACACCAACAUGCGUCCGACCAGUCUGACGCUAACAUGGAGAGGCCACUUCACCCCCAGUGUUCCAGCCAGGCCAGGCUAUGUGCAUAACCAUGGUUUGGGGCUGAUUGCAGCAGGCUAUAGUGUUAAACAAGUCACAAAUGGCAAUGUGCGCAGCAAUGACAGAGGAACCUGUAGCUCAGCAGCCAGUCGUGAUAACCCCAUACAGAUGAACUGCGAAGAGAACAUGCACAUUUCUACAACAUUCUCGCAUGGAGAUAAGCUCCAAAUUCAGGGGGAUUUCACAAAUGGCGGCUACAUCAACAUAAUAAACAGAGAUGCUUCCAAUAGACUUGAGAAGUCCUACUACUCCGGGGUUUCGACAAGUUCUAACACAGCGGAGUUUGUUUUCGAUUACGUCGCACCAACAUGCACUGGAACACAACUCAACAUCGGUGACUCCGUUAGCAAACAGAAUCAAAUUACGCUGCAGUUCUCAGGAUGGACGGAUGCUUUGAGUGGAGUCACAAAAUAUGAGUACAGUGUCUACAUGUUAGUGGCUGUCGGCGAAACCCUCACAGAGCCUCACACUACAGUUGCUCAUGGCACCAUCCAAGCAAGCAGCAUCCAGCACCCCACCAUCACCCUGACCCAUGCAGGCGUGUACUCAGUCAUACUAACGGUGGACGACGUCGCAACCAACUACAGACGUACCAGGCGCUUCGUCCUGUUUGACAACGCCAACACCGUGGAACUGGACUCGCACUACCCACUCGCCAUUGCUAACACUGUUGCUGGGAAUGGAGACAACUGGCUGCAUUGCACAGAUUGCACGGUGACAGCCACCUGGACCGGCCAUUUCAUCAAUCGGUACCACCACCAGAACAAGCUCCUGAACCCAAUCGCAAACUUUCAAGCUGGAAUAGACGCUGACUACGACCAAACGACGGGUACGCGUAACAAGAACGCCAUUCCCAAUGCCCUGGGAGUCACACAGUUCAAAGUAGCCUAUACUAAAGACCAUGCAGGUGGCUCAACCAUGACCACUGCACCUAGCAGUGGCUGGUCCGCAGGAGACCUCAAUACACAGUUCAGUUCAACCGCGAGUAAGGUGGACGGAGAUACCGUGAAGUUAUGGGUCAAGGCGAGUGACAUCAUGGGGAACGAGAUCACAGACAGCAUCACAGCACACAUCGACUCCUCGGCACCGGUCAUUGAAAACAUGUGGCUGGCGAGUGGAGACGAAACCAACAUUGUCGUGCACAACUCUGUGGAGCUGUAUGAAAUGCAAGUUCAGUUCGAUGCAUUUGACCAGCAUAGUGGACUGCAUGACAUAACCUGGACAUUGGCCGACUUUAAAACGUCAGCCCAAAUUGCGUCAGGAGUAGUAGCUGUACAACAACUAACCUGUGGAGCCACCUGUACCACAAACUGUGUACAGACUGCAAAGGGACCCUGCUACAAAAAGGAUUACGUCAUUACCUUUGACCGUAGCCAGGUGGAUGUGGGUGGACAUGAUCAUGACUACCUGGUGACACUGACUGUCAGGAACAAGGCCACUCUCAGCACAACACAAACACUGAAGAUAACAGUGGACACAUCCCCGCCUCUUCCCGGUACUGUGCAUGACGGUCUAGAGGGGCAGGCAGAGAUAGAUUAUCAACAGACGACAGCGAUUAAGACCUGGUGGGACGGCUUCUUUGACGAAGAGAGCGGCGUGAAGUUCUACCUGUAUGGCUAUUCUACCAGCUGCUUGGAUGCAGAUGAUCUCCAACUACCGAAGGGAGCGUCUAUAACCAGGACAACAGACACCAACGCUGUCUACACGGCACCAUCCCCCGGGACCUACUUCUGCACAGUGGUGGCCUACAACCACGCGCUGGACCCGUCCGCACCGGUGUGUUCUGACGGCGUCACGGUGGACGUCACCCCGCCGACUCUCACGGCCAUCCACGUGGACCACCUCGCCGUCCGGCCUGGGGUGGUGAAAGAUGCUGGCGGCGACGUCUGGUUGAUAGACCAGAGACGACACCGCGUGCUGGUGUUAGACCCUCCGGCGCAAUGCCUAACUGUGCCUCAAGUAAACAACAUCGAUGACUACGCCCCGAGACGCGAUCUCGUGACGAACACCACCCUCACUAACCAGUACUGCACUCGGCACUCAGGAGCACCGACCACCAACUACGUUUCCAUGGACCGAAACCUGUUUGUUUCCUGGAUCGGUGAGGAUGAAAGCGGGAUUUACGAUUUCUCGGUGGGGUUGAGCAGCACCAGCAGUACAAGUAGCCCCGACAUCAUGCCCUUCACCUCCACCACCGGCAUUCCGGAGCUGCGCUUCUCCCAUCCACGCCUCAGUCAGAACUCCCAGUUCCACCUGGUCAUCAAGGCUGAGAACAGCGCGGGGCUAACCACUGUCAAGGCUGUGGGUCCUACUAUCGUGGACAUAACUCCACCGCAGUUCACGGGACAAAUAACGCUAUCUAAGGAAGGGAAUUUUCUUGUAGGCCGUUGGACAGGGAGCGACUUCUUUGAUGACGAAAGCCAGGACCCUUUGAUGUAUUCAUUCGCUGUUGGACGUCACCCAAGCUUGGCUGACGUCUUGCGUUUCCGCCAUGUUGGAGCCAAUGGACCCUGUGUUAGCGCCCAGCCUCCAAACUGCGCAGCGAUUGGAACAGACGUCCUCCAUCCAAGUGACAGUCUGUACAUGUUUGUCAAAGUGACCAAUCCGGCAAGCCUGUCGGUUAUCGGCACCUCAAGCGCUUACAGCAUACCCCGCACACUUCCCGCCAAUGGUGCCGUCUUUGAUAUUAAACCAGAUGUGGAUGACCCAGGAAGUCAUGAUUACGAAGACGUCGACGCCCAAACAGACACCGGAGCUUUGUCGGCACGUUGGUUCGGCUUCAGUGAAGAUCCAGCGGCAGUUACCUAUGAGGUGGCGGUAGGAACAACUGCCGGCGGUCAGGACGUCCAAGCCUUCACUGCUGCUGCCGGCACGGAUGUCUCCAUCACCGGCCUUAGUCUCCAGUACUUCCAGACCUACUUCAUCACGGUAAAGGCAACGAACAACGCAGGGUCUGUCACCAUCAGUUCAGACGGGGUCACCGUUCUAGAGCACGAUGGCCCGGUACAAGGCAUGAUGGUGAAAGAUGGACCAGGAUGCUUUGAAAACUCAAAUGUUACAUGUCAAGACAACGCUGAAUAUCAGCGAUCGACGACGACCAUGUGGGUGCGCUGGAAUACGCCGAGCAACAUCACGAGCUUCAUACGCGAGUUCUAUUGGACCAUAGAACAGGAAAUACGAGACGCAAGCGACAGCCUCGCGUACACCAGCCUGGGCUGCUGGAAAGACGCUGGUGACCCUGCCAUUACGCCUCUUGAGGGGCUAGAUGAACGCUUGGACGGCGACUUCCGUUUCCGUGAAAACGCCAUCGCAAAGUGCUACAACGUAGCACGUGAUCGUGGUGCCAGCGUGUUUGCUCUAAGGAGUGGUGGAGAGUGUUACGGGUCUGCUGAUGGUCACAGCACCUACAACAAGUACGGACCGUCCACCAUCUGUGAAGAGGACGGCAAAGGCGGGCCUUGGGCAAAUGAGGUCUACCAAAUAACAGCAUGGUAUCGACGCACGGAGCCUCUGAGCGUGAAAGGGGGUGCGGCAAUCCAGUCCAACCUCAACCUGCGCCCGGGUAAUAGAUACCGGUCUAUCAUCACUCCGUGUUACAAAACGGGGUGCUUCGAACCGGUGGUAAGUAGCGGCACGUGGAUCACUCCAAAUGCCCCGGUGUCUGGCCGCCUGAGUGUUGCUGUUACAGAGACCAGUGGGGAGGGUCCUUCCACACUCACGUUCAGCUGGGACGCUUUCGAGGACGGAGAUGUGCCCAAAUCAGUGUCGGACGGAUACGUGUGGACACCAGUGUCCACCCCUGCGAUUGAUCGGUACGAGUGGGCAGUGACAUCCGACACAGAGAGAAAAGAGCUGCUCCUGCCCUGGACACAGAUAGACAUCAGCAACAAUGAUGUGGAACGCCAUCAACACUCUGCCAGUGUUCCCCGGCACAUCUUAGCUACCGGCUGCCCGAAGCUGGUCGUCCGUGCCAUCAACAAAGUGGGGUUACAGUCCUCAGUUGAAACUGACAUCAAUGACUGCAGUAGAAACACCAUCGGACGCCAGCACCUCGUCAUUGACGCUACAGGAACUGUUCAACUUGAGAAGAAUGCCUUGUGGUACCAAGACGACGCGGAUUACACAUCAUCGCAGUCUACACUGUCGGCAGUGUGGCCAAGUCUGCGACAGGGACAGUACACAUGGGCAGUCAUCGAGGAAUCUGCAAGCAACAGUGACUACGGCAGUGUGUCUGGCAGCAGUCAGUUCCCAUACCCGUGCGCGCAUCCCCUCGCAAUAUCCUGUGGGAACACGACUGACGAGUACGUCAACGUCGACAAUCUGGCGCUCCAGCAAGGCAGGCGCUAUCACAUCUGCAUCCACGCUAACAAAACAUUACAAGAGUACGAGACGUUUUCCCAGUGGCUACCGGCCGUCUCUGCAUGUAGUGACGGCAUCACUGUAGACCGUACGCCGCCAACUCCUGGAAGAGUGUGGAUCGAGAAUUCUGACGACAAGAGUUACCAGUCGUCGUCCUCGGAGAUUGUUGUACGGUGGACCUCGUUUGUGGACCUUGAAGAACACGGAGUAUCUCGCCAUGUCUCCGGCAUCAGGACAUACCUGUGCGCCAUUGGCACCUCUCCAGGAGGCAUAGAUGUUCAGGAUUUCACAGAAGUCGGAAACAUCAACAGCGUCGUCAUCCACAACCUGGGUCUUAACAGUGGAAUCACAUACUACGCAACGAUCAAAGGGGUUGAUUUCGUCGGACUCUCGGCCAUUGCUGUCUCGAAUGGCAUACUCGUCGAUACAACACCUCCUGAGAAGAAUGACAAAGGGAUUGACAUCGGUGGUCUAUUCCUCCAAUCCUUGGAUUCCAUCAGUGUCAGCUGGCCCGAUGUUUUCGUUGACAAGGAGAGUGGAGUUACCUCGUUCUACUGGGCGGUUGGGUCUGCUCCUCGGCUGGACGACGCUGUGCGUUUACAGCCUGCAAAGGACGACAUGGCUGACUCUGCCGUAGAUCCUCCUUUGCUGGAAGGUCACACCUAUUACAUAACAAUAAUGGCAGAGAACGGAGCUGGCCUUGUCAGCACUGCCAUUUCUCACGGCUACGUGGCUGAAACGUCCCCACCCGAGGCUGGGUUUGUCCACGAUGGACCCGCCGCGGACCCUCCAAACGACCUGGAUUACCAGACUGACAAGACAACCAUCAGUGCACACUGGGGAGGGUUCCAUGAUCCUCACACAGACAUCGUGAGUUACAAGUGGAGCAUCGGAACAUGUCCAAUGUGCAAAGAUGUCCUGGAAGACGUGGAUCUUGGGAUCAAAUCAGAUAUGUCAGCAUCCAACCUGCCGCUGGUUCCGGGUUUUACGUACUACGUGACGAUCACGGCGUGUAACGCUGCCCAACUGUGCACCACCGCUUCUUCUGACGGGGUUCUGAUGGACGACACGCCGCCUGUCGCAGGGACUGUGCGCGAUGGAGCCGCUGACGUGGACGUCCAAUAUCAGCCGUCUACAUACCUGCUGCGAGCCAGCUGGUUCGGGUUCCACGACGCCCAUUCACAACUGUCUCACUACGAGUGGCGGGCGGGAACAUCGUCUGGAGGCAGUGAUAUCUUACCUGCAUCAACGCUUCAUCUGUCAGAAACGGCUGUAGUUACCCUGACAACACCCAUGCCUGCAGACACCACAAUCUACGUGACUGUCAAGGCGUUCAACAAAGCGGGGUUAUCGGUGGAGAGAAGUUCCGAUGGAUUCCUCAUUGAUGCCACCGCACCAACAGUGACUACACGCACUGCAAUUGACCUGAGUUGGGGGUCACUGAAGGCUGAUACACAGGUCAUCAGAUCACUCCUACGAGUCAGUUGGCAGUUUGCUGACCCCGACUCUGGGAUAGAGUAUCACCUCCUGUCUGUGACUACUCACCAGGAAUCCCGCCACGACCUACCUACGAUAAAGGUCAGCGGAAAUGACCAGAGCUACACGUUCAGUAACAUGACAUUGCACGAUGGGAACCGCUACUCAGUGACAGUGGUCGCCUGUAACAGGGCAAAGCUCUGCACAGAAUCCACCUCAACCGAGAUCAUGGUGGACGGCUCACCCCCAAAAGUUGGGACAUUCGCAGUAGGAACGGACCACGCCAUAGAUAAUCAGCGGCCUCAAAGUGGGUGGAUGACGUGGCAAAACAACGUCAACGGCAACCCUACACUUCUCCGCCUGGCUUGGCUGGGCUUCACUGACGUGCAUUCUGGAAUCGACAAGUAUCUGGUUUUCGUGGGAACCAACUUCGACGCAGACAACCUUAUUCCAAGCGGACCGAUAGAGGUUGCCCCCAGUGACUCAUCGUUGACAACCCUGGAAGGAGUGGUUCAUACCGCCGAGAUUCCUGUUGCAACGGCGUUGAGCGGUGAUUCCACAGUCUACAUCAAGAUUGUGGCUGUCAACGAGGUUGGCAUGAGAGCACCCGCUUCACAUGAAGCUUUCUCCCUCGUGUCAUCCGCCGCCGACAGAGGCUUUCUGUCUCUGGUAAGAAGAUGCCAGGCCCACACCUGCCUAGGACACUGCAUAUGCGCAUCUCAGGACAAACUAUGUACACCGACGGCAUCCUGUAGCACAGCGACUGGAGUACCAACUACAAUAGAUCUUAUUGACACCAUGGACUUCUCGGACUUUUCGUCGGUGUCUGGAGCCGACGACAUCGCACACACACCAGCUGCGGACUUCCUGGCUGCAGCGUGGACACCCAGUUCACAAGUUACAAGAUACGAAUGGAGUGCAGGAAUUAAGGACGAGGCUGUGGGCAGCGGUGUAUUCAACCUGUUAACAGACAAGAUAUGGCAUGGCACGGACGGUGUCAACUACGCCAUCCUCAACUUACCUGUAACAAAAGACGGGGCUCGCACAGUACGAGGAGCAGAGUACGUAAUUUACGUCAGAGCAUGGUACUCAGAGACUACCUACAAAAUCUACUCUACCAAUGGAGUCGAGAUGGACUUUUCACCUCCAAGCGUUCAUCGCUCAACAAAGGUUAAAGACUUGAUGACUACAUCUGCCACAGACGACAUUGACUACAGAACCGCUGCUACAGAGCUUGUAUGCGGCUGGGAUGGUGUGUUUUACGACACAGGCAGCGGCAUCGAUAGUUUUGAACUUGCUGUUGGAAUCGGACCGAAUGACGAAUCUGUAUCACCGUACGCGAGCAACAAACUCAGCGGCGCAACAACGACGCACCAACUGACCGGACUGACUCUGACUGAGGGAAUCAGGUACCACUGCAACAUCCGGGCAUACAACAAAGUGCAGCUUUACAGUACAGCCUCGUCAGACGGUGUGAUCGUGGACACCAUAGUGCCAACGGCAGGCGUGGUCAUGGACGGAGUCGUUCUUCACGAUGUUGAGUACACAAAUGUUUCCACGUCCAUCGCUGCUUCCUGGCACGGGUUCUGGGACGCCGAGUCGUUUCUCCACCACUACAUGUGGUGCGUGGGAACCACCGCGGCUCCAAACGAGUGCUCGGUGCUGACUGCUACAGACGUGGGACUUAGAACCGCCGCAAGGACUCAGCUGGAAACGGCGUUAGAUUCUGGUGUGAAGUAUUACUCGAAAGUGUACGCCGUUGACGCUGCCGGUUUGCAGUCAGCCGUCGCUAAGUCUGACGGUAUGACCAUCGACACCACAGCUCCAGUCCUGAUGGAAAAGUUGGAGGUCGGACAGAACAUUGUACAAGACUUCUCAUUCGAGGAGUCGUCAAGCCAACUCCGCGUGGAGUCAGGAGACGCGCUGGACUUCAGUUCACUCCCGUCCUUUACGUCCUCACACUGGACGGUUGAGGAAGGCUCAACCGCUGCGGUUUUGAACGCGUCUGCAGGGGAUCACGGGAUCAAUUUCCUGUACCUAGCUGGUUCCAUCUCACAGCUGCUUAGCACAACCACAGGCAGCAAGUACCGAAUGACGUUAUCAUUAAAGCACAACCCCUAUGUAAAGAACAAACGCUCAGACGAAGAAGUCCUGAUAGAAGCUCCUGGGGUCAGCAAGAUCGUUCAACUGUACCACCGACCUGGCCGACAUGAUGCACAGAGUGAGAACCGGUGGCAAAAAGCCACGAUGUUCUUCACGGCAACGAGCGGGUCGUCCGCCAUUUCUAUAGCAACGCCGGGAAGAACGAGGGGGGUCCUCAUUGACAACGUGGACGUUCGCCUGUGCAAUGUGAUGGAGGUUGGGGAGGGAAUGAGCAGCAACAACAGCGUCCAUGUCGAACUGGAGAUCAUCCAUGGCUUCAAUUCAGUGUUUGCAAGCUGGGGAUUUGUGGACAUGGAGAGUCCCAUUGUUGACUACCUGUGGGCUAUAGGCACAGUGCAAGGUGGAACCCAACUGCAGACCUUCCGCUCUGCUGGCACCAGUGACCAAGGAGUCAACAGUAACUUGACCCUAACCCAAGGAUCAUACGUCCAUGUAACUGUCGUGGCCGUCAACGCAGCUGGACUACGCAGCGUGGUGCAUUCAGAACCGGCUUUGGUGGACAAAACACCCCCGGUCAUAUCUUUUGUCAAGGACGGCUCUACUGGCAUGGAUGUCGACUACCAAAGUGACAACGUCAUUUCCGCACGCUGGGACGCUACAGAUCCAGAAAGCGGAAUCAGCAGGAUCGAGUGGGCAAUAGGCUUGGAGCCCGGUUCGGCUUCCAUCAGUGAUUACACAGUGGUUGAAGCCUCCGGAAGUGCUUCAAAGUCGGUGAGCAGUCUCGUCCAUGGACAGACAGUCUUCGUCACCGUGAGAUGCCACAACAACGUGGGUCUGCACUCCACCAUGUCGUCCGACGGAGUCACCAUCGUGACGGACCCGCCCAGCACGGCGGCUGCUCAGCUGAGUGUGGUGACCCGCUCGGAGACACAGUAUCCCACACGGGGCAAUCACCAGUCCCAAACCGACACCCUGCUGCUGUCAUGGGGCGGAUUCAUGGACACAACCGGCAUUCUGGCGUACCAGUAUGCCCUAGAGGGACCGGGUGUGGAUAACUCAGCCUGGUACAGCCUGAGCCCCUAUGGAGACACCAGUACUCUCCUUGGCCUUGACCUUCAGCCAGACUCCAGCUACAAGGUGUUUCUCCGCGCCAUCAACAAUGUCCAGAUGGAGAGUGCCUCACUCCAGGCUGAUGUCCAGAUCACCAGCACCACCCCGUCUUUGUCAGGGGAGGCAAAUGUGACCCACGCCUGGGACAGUUCAAACACCACGGUGAUGAUAGACUGGGAAGGAGUCUUCGAUGCCGAGACUGACCUCGUGUACGAGAUCACCAUCGGGACAACCCUGGGCGGAAAUGACGUGCAACAGUGGGUGGAGACGGUGGAAACCAGCAUCACAGUAAGCCAGCUGGAUGCCACCAAACACUACUUCGGGACCAUCACUGCUAUAAACCAAGUCGGGAUGUAUGAAAACGUACUCUUCGAUUUCUAUCGUUAGACACCACUGGCGUAGCCAACCGUAUCCAAAAAAGCGU